CAGAUGAGAAUUUCACAGAUUUCGAAUCCAAAAAAUGCAAUUUUUUCGUGGUUUGUGCUUGAUAUCAUUGGUGUUUGUUCCAAUCAGUGUAGUAGGAAAUGAUUACUUUCUUGGAGUUGAUGGCGGUUCAAAGAACCUUGGUGUCAUAGGUAGGACCUUCUACAAUGCUGACGCCGACCAUGAUCAAAAUCUCAGAGAAAUCAGAGCUCAUCGACAAAGGAAGUCUUUGUUCUCUCGCCCUUCGUUUUUAGGGGGCUCUACAACAAGGAAAAUCGACCCAAGCACAAAAGACUGGCAGGAAAAUGUGAACUCUUUCUCUGCAGAAAUCUCCAACAGUCGAGGAAUAUCAGCACCACCGCACGAGGCCGAAUACUCAGUGUACCCACAAAGUAUUAAUCUAGAAUCUAAUUCACUUUCGGAGCGGAACGAAAAACCACACUCUAAAGUUCAGGAAAGUCUCUCGAAUAUCCUAGGUUCCCUUCAAAAACGGGAGGCGAACUCUCCGAUCGCCCACGCGCACUUUUUCGAGAGAGGAAUAUCCAGCACCAUUUCAAAUUCACCCCAAUCAGGAACCAGCGAAGCACCUGUUUUGGGAAACCAAGAAGCAGCGAGCAACGUUUCAUCGGAUGAUUCCGACGAGCCAGACGCGCAUGGAUCAACCUAUCAUCGAAUCAAGGUUGCCCCACAAGAGGGUCCGACAAAAGGGCGCAAUGGAGCGAAUCUCCUCGACGCCAAAAUCAGGGACCUGACCAACCAGGUCAACGCCAUCAGCAACCCCAGAUCCGGACUGGUUCACGACAAAUCAGACCUAGAACUACUCAACGAGGUAAUCGACAGAGCGGGGAAGACGUCUUCUAGCGGGAAGAGAAUCAGAAGUCUAGAGAAGGGCGCGCUCCACGAAUCCAGUCAAAACGCUGAGCGAACGGAUUUUCACAAGAGAAUUUCGACGAAGGAAACGAGGAGCAAAGAUGAGAUUUCUUUAGACUCGGACCUGGAGCGAAUGAUCCAAGACGCUGCCGAGAGGAUCGGUCUCUGGGUCAACCAGAAUUUCGACACCGCUAGAAAAAUUACCAAGUCAAAGUUGAAAGCUGAUUCUACAGGGAAAGAACACACCAAAGCAUUCUCAGAGGAGACCACUGAUAAGGUGGCCAAGUCUCUAAGCGCCGAAAUCCCAAGCCGGAGACGCAAAAUCUUGGACGCUGAAGCAAAACGAGCAGCGCUUAAGAUACUCAUCCACGCUGCCACAGCCAGACCUGAAAGCGAGGCCUCUUCCGAUCUUGAGGUCGAGAUCGAGGAGCCGCCGAAACACAAAAAAGGUUCCGGGAAGCUGAGCAUCAGCGAGGUCAAGAAAGUUCGAACGACAACCCUACCACCCUGUAUGACGGCGCGUAGCUCCGAGUGCACCCGAUGGAAAACCACCCCGCGCAAGACAGCUACCACUGCGAAAUGCACGACGAUCGAGCCGAAGGUCGCCGAAGACUGCACCAAACCGUCGUCUCCAGCGCCGAAAGCAACUUGCAAACCCUGCGCAGACGCGGCAACCCACAAGACUCGCGCGUCGAGCGGGCGGCCCAAAAAGGUGCCGACGACGACCGAGCCGUGCGACGCAUCAGAUCGACUCCUCAAGAUAUUGAACGGGACCCUCAGGACGGACAACUUCAGCAGACCGGACCAGAGCAGUCUGGCAGAAUUGAUGCGCGUCCUGCUCACCGAGCUCGUCUCCAAUUCUUCGAGGCACGCUGAAAUUCCCUCGGGGAAACCGGACGACACGGCACUCGUCAACAAAUCCACUACAGAGUGCGCUAACCCCGUUUUGGAUUCAAGUAAACUCAAGAACCUUACACCAGACCACGCACUCAAGAACACUAACAGUCGGCUUUUGAAUAAUUUCGUUAAUUUCGCCACUUUAGAAGCGGCUAGGAGGCGUGGUGCAACCGAAAGACAGUCCGCAGCGCAAGACAAGGAGCCUAUAGUGAACGGCAGGGAAUCCACCCCACAAAACAAGGAGGCUGCGUCUCAAGAUAGGCAAGCGGUGGCGCAAGAUAAGCAACACGCCGUGCAAGAUAGGCAAAGCGCAUCGAAGACCGGAGAGAGCACGGUAUCUCCACUGCGAGCGCUUACGGUGUUGCUGGACCUGAUGCGGGGUCAGUCAGGUGACCCGGACUCGAGCGAUCACCUGCGGUUGCAGUCUCUCGGUGAGAACGGCCCGGUAGCUUUGAAUGUCUUCAUCAAAGCAGCCAUCAUCCCCGAGUUCAAGAAUGUGUCCGUGGCAAACGGCAAGGUGCGCAGUGCGGAGAGGGCGAAUAUUCAAGCUGGGCAUCCCCGAAAUACGCAAAAGGGCGCAGAAAUGACGCCCACUCUGGCCAGUCCCCGCAGCCGGUACACUGACAACACGCUCAACAAUCUGCUAAAGUCUAUCAUAGUUAAAGCGCGCUUUGAGCGGCCUGCUGAGCCAGAGAUGUUACAGGUCCCAACCGAAAGGCAGCGUAGGUGACUCUACAGUAUAAAUAGCUGAACUUUCUUGCUCACUGAUUGUGACGAUUUAUUUUCGUAAUCUAGACAGAUCCUCAUGAUUUUAGCUUAAGUAAUUUUCAAACGUCAAAAUCGUGAAAGUCCCCCCCCCUUUCCUCUUCUUCAAUCUCGUAAUCUGCUCUAAGAUGUCCAUGCUAUUGUGAACGUCUUGAAGCACUGAAUUUAAUUUAUCCAUAUGUGUCACGACUGUUCAACUCUCUUGUAAUUAAUUUUUGCUUGUUGGCAAAUGCAUUACAUCACUUUAGCUGCAUUAAAUUAAACGAACAUCAAAGAAGAUUUUAAGGGUCUCCCUCUUUCACACUAGAACUUUUUGAGGGAUGGCUGGUUUAGUUAGGGCAAAAAUGGGGUAAAAUACUGCAAUGACACGUUUAUAAAAGUUGUAAAGGAAAAAAAUCAUGGAAAUCUAAGUCGAAUUUUGCCUUAAAAAGGCACGUUUUAAGUGUAGGGCUCAGUGGAAAUAAUCAAUCAGUUUAGUUUAAAAUUCAUCCUUAUCAUACGUUAAUACAUUUUAAGCAUGUAAAUGAUCAGUGUAUGUUUAGAUAUUUAAAAACUUUGUUUCUCGA